AGCCGCGCAAUUGCUCCCGUCCAAGAGUGUGGAGCCAAACUGUUCGCCAUGGAGGAAAACACCGCGGAGGCCAGUGGCGCUGUGCCGGCGCCGCGCGAGUGCGCGCGGGUCUUUGCAGCGGGGUACAGUCCAGGUCAAGGAAUCAUUCUGGGUCCUCCAGGUGUGCUGGCAGCGGCUCUUCGUUGGCCCGCGUUUGGCCCGCAGGCCAAGGAGCCGCGGUCUUUGGACAGGCUCUGCGGCUUUGCGCGCCGGGAAGCGGCUGAGGUCCCUGCGUGGUUUGAGCGCCAGGACUGCGAAAGUCGGGAGGAUGCCGAGUCGGCCAAAGCCGGUUCAGCCUCGACCUCUACCGGCACGGCCGAGGUCACCUCCACGACGCCAACCAUGACUAGCAGUCUUGAUUUGGGCGCUGCGGUUGGGACCUGCUCAAGCCCGGCAAGUGCUUCUGACGUGACCUGCAGCCCCCCCGGCACACCUGGCCGGGCAUUCCAGGAUGAGGAAUUUGCGGAUUGGACAGUUCUGCGCGUGGAUCCUUCAAGACCUUGUCUUCCAGACCCAGUAGAACCAGUGCAGACGACUUGGGGUACCAUUACCCAGGAGGCCUUACUGGCCCUGGGCAACGCAUAGUCGGCGAAGCCAAGGGCUUGUUCCCAAGGGGGAACGGAUUUGUUCUGGCCGGGCACGUCAAUCUGUGGGCUUCGUGGCACCCAGAAGAGGAGCCAAUGGCAACGGCAUUGGGCCGUUUCAUGAGUUGUAAGCGGCCAGCAGCACGUAACCCUCCUGCCCCAUUCGGAAUUG